ACUGUUGUGGAUGAAAUUUUGUACCUAGCAUGGAAAUACUGGAAGACAAUUAUUUCAUCCAAUUCCGCCGCUCUUUUUUUCGCAGGUCGGCCCCGCAUCAAGGCGCGGGAGAGAGUGCCAGUCCCGGAGGGCACUUCGGCCACACUAGAGUGCGCCGUGGACGCGUGGCCCGAGCCGUCCUUGGUGUGGUGGCAGGACCCCGACGGCAGGGUGCCGGUCAUCCACGGCGGCAACCACGCCAUCAAGACUGAGACCAAUCAAGUGGAGGGAAGUUUCCGCAUGCAGCUCAAGAUCAAGAGAGUCACAGCUAACGACGCCCACCCGUACUACUGUCACGCCCGCAACGCCUUCGGCCUCUCCACCCGCGUUGUCAAGGUAGAGCUCACCCAGCCAGUCAAGCUGCAGGUGGACGUGACGGAGUGCUGCAUGGAGAGCAACGUGACGGACACCUGCAUGGAAGCGUGUGCCUUCGACGAGCUCAACUUCGAGAGUGUGAUGAACAAGGACGAGUGUAUCCCGGACUUCGCGAAGCUGAUGAAGUGCGCUGCAGAUGGGUCGGAUCACCGAAGCUGCUGCAGCAAGAACAAAGUGCCGCGCCCGUGCCUCGACUGGUGCCGUGGGGAGCCAGUGCCGCACCUGCACCUGUGUGAGCUGCGUUGGGCACCUGUCAUCAUCUCCUGUUUCAACGAAGGGCAAGAGUUCCUGCCGGGCCCGCCCUUGGAUGUCAAGAUCACCAGCACCAGCUCCUCCUCGGCCACUGUGUCCUGGAAGCCCCCCGCCAAGAACCCUGCCGCGGUGGAGCUGUACCGCGUGUUUUGGCGCAUCAAGGGACACCGCGAGGCACACAAGAACGACACGGCCUCCACGGAGCUCCUGAUCACCGACAUGAGGGAGGGCGAGACGUACGAGGUGGCGGUGAAGGCGGGUAACCACAAGGGAACCUCCGUCCUCACCCGCACCCCGCCACCUACAACCACACCAUGAGCUCCGUCACCCGCGCCUCCACGCCAGGCUCCAACGCCACAGUGGUGGAGAUAUCGGUGGUGGUGGUGGUGCUGCUGUGCAUCGGCGUAGUGGUGGGCAUUGUGGCGGCACGCAAACGUAACCUGCUGGGUUGCAAGUCAUCCAGUAACGGGCGCAUCUCCUUCGAGAACCCUUCAUACAUCAGAGAGCAGAACGGUGACACUGUACAGAUCGCUGAGACGCCAAACGGUAGCUUCAACGGCAGCAUGACUCUGGGCAUGAACGGCGGCGUCAACGGUGGUCUCAGCAACGGUGGCAUCAACGGAGGAAUAUCUCCUAUCGACGUAAACGGCGGCGUGUGGAACACUCAGAGCAUGGCGUCCACGCCUGGGUUUGAGGACGACCUGCCGAGCAAUGGAGGCUACAUGAGGUUCUCCAGCUAGUGACGCCUCAAGUCCCGCCCCCCAGACGCUCUACAUGUUGGUCCCAUCCGUCGGACAGCAGUUAUAGAUUCAUAUACAUAGAUUUAUUUUCAGAACUCAUACGCUGAAGAAUUUCUGCAAGAAAAAGGAGGGAGAAGGAAAGUCUUUCGAGUUUCACCGCCGAGUGAACAAAUUAGCCACCACACUGUCACGUUGAACAUUUCAAGUUACUCUUCAUAGUUUGGGUUUUCACAACUUCUUGCGUGGAAGAAAAAUACGCCUCAUCUUUCAUGACUGUUGCAUAUCACACAACCUUAGCCUCUGUGAGGACCACAAGUAGUAAAGAAGCAUCGGAAACAUUUGAGUGUGCUCCGUUUUGACGUAUUGUGUUCAGCAGGCCAGGGGGGGGAGAAGGAGGCUCCACGCUCGCCGCCUCCGCCAACUUCUCAAAGUUCUCGAUGACAUUUUUCACCGACAUUGAAAAUAAUCCUCACCUUCAUCCAGUAAUGCACAGAGGUUGCAAGUUAUACACUGGAGGAGGCACUCGCUGCCCCGCCAGGUGGUAAUGACUGGCAGGACAAGUGUCACUUCCCUCACCAGCCUGGGUGGGGACGCUGCCGGGGAGAGCGACGGCGUGGCAUUCUCACCUCCCUCGUCCUGGUGAUUUUUUUUUUUUUUAUCGCUUGUAGUAUCUUGUUUUAUGAUAAUUUAAAUUGUUAUGUUGUCAACAAGUAAUAUUUUCUGGCGCUGUAGCCAAACAGUAAAAAGGUUUUAUUUAUUACUUAAUUUGUCAGUGAUGUUUGAACAAGUCAAGAUGUGCAUUAAUAGAAAGAUAUUUGUAAUGACAGAUUCCAAAUGGAAAAAGUGUGUUGAUGCACUAACCUUUGCUUCACACCGACGCACGGCACUAGAGUGAGCACUGAGCACCGAUGUGGGUGGCUGUGCCCUGGAGUUGCCAGAGUAGCCUCUGACAAUCUCGCGAGCCCCGUGGCAGGCAGUGACGCUCCGCCUCACGAGACUGAGACUUGAGAGUACACGUUGCGUUGUCAGAGCGGGUGUCAGGCCUCGAGGUUCCUUCCCGGCGUGGUGCUACAGCAGCUCCUGAGGCAGGCCCGUCUACAGGCAGAUGUAACGGAUUAGGGGGUGGGGAGAAUAGAGCAGGGGUUUAUAAUUGAUAGUGUUAACUUUGAUUUGUUGUCAGUGCCUUCUGAAAGACUGACUUCACCUCGGCGGGCCCGGAACAGGCCAAUGAGGCCAGACUGAUCACUUUUAUAUUAUUAGCUGUAUAUUUGUUCACAUUGCAUUCAAAAUUAGUGUCUCCGGCUUCAGUUCCUGGCCUCCUGCCGUGUAUUGGGUUAACGUGUAGGUAUCGUCAUAUAGAGCCUAACAAGGAAAUCAAACAAAAAAAAAAUCUAAUAUGUUGAAGCCUGUCCUCGGGUAAUCUUUUCCAGGGUGUUGGUCAUUAUCUUGAAAAAAAAAACAUAAAAAGACUCCUAUGCUACCAGAUAUUGUAUUGCUUUGCAAAUGCUCUCAAAGCCUCCCGUCUCUGCGCGUGAGGACCGAGGCACUGAUAUUACUAAUUUACCCAAUGUGUAAACUUCUUCUUUGGUCCACUCGCUGGCAUGCACCGAGCGCGUCACGACAAGAGUGCAAGGUAGCUGAAAGGCUUGUCCAUCUCUGAUCUCCCUUGAGCACGAGCACGGCCUCACCUACUUCCCUGCUACCCUGUGCUGGCGCCGCCACCUGCUGCUGGCUUGGCCUGCCCGCUGUUAUGUAGAAACGGAUGGAAGAGUUGAACGUCUCCCCCCGAUUUUUCCUUAAGGUUCAUCAUUAUCUAUUUCCUUGCCUCACUGGAAAAGACACGCAAGGUAUAAAUGAUAUUUGUAAAGUGUAAUUUAAGUGCGACUGCCUGUGUGAUUCUGGUUGUGGAGCCGUUGGUGGCUCACAAGGUGGGCCGCGGCGGAGUGAGUGUUGUUUGUUGCUUCGCGUAGCAAACCUUUCACGUGAUUUGUGCAUAACAUUUUAACAUCGAUGAUAUUUGAUUGAUGACAUGGAAGGCAGUGGGAAAGGAAGGAUAAUGCAGUUAUGGGAUGGUUGUUAACUUCUAACAAGUGCUUAUCCACUCAGAGAUUACUUGUUUUUCAUUGUUCGUGGAAGAUUACCCCUCAUAAGGAGAACCUUUUCAUUGAAUCGAAGCACUUUAGAACUGUGUUCAAAUAGUGUGAGGGAGAACAAGGCAAGCAAUGACGGAAGAUGGUGAAGGGGAGGUGGUUGUGGUGUGACAGGGAAAGGGAGGGCGGGAGGGGAGGGCCUGACGGGAGGCUUACGGUGGUGUCACGCGGGUAGCAGCUCUCUUCAGGCGUGUCCUUCCCUGGCAACGAAGGGUAACACAAUAGUAGUAAAUGACACUCAACUUGCACAUGAUGGAGAUAAUUAUGUUGUCUUGGUAUUUUAUUGUCGAAGCGAGGGGAAAAAUAAAGGUAGUAAACCAGAACAAGAUGAAGAGACACCAUUUCAAACUACUUUAAUGACGACACUUAAAACAACAUAUAUGUAGUGAUACAAUGGUACAAUAAUACAUAACUUGUGUUGUGCCUUAGUGCUGAAAUAUGUAUUUUGAUCAUGACACUAAGGAAGAGCAUGUAAUUUGAGGAUAUUAACACACACACACACACACACACACACACACACACAGUGACAAAACAACACAAGGUGAACUCAAAACAUCUACUCUUCACCUUGUUUCACCUCCAGGUCAAUACGAGUUGCCAGGGAAAAUCUUUGCCUGAGUUGAGUGGCUCUGCGUGACGCUUCCCUCACACGCGCUGCUACAUUCAUUCUCAUAGGACUGUACCAUUGCGUUUUGUCUGUUUAUGUCUCACCAGGAGUGUUCGUGGGCAUUAGGAACAUUGAGAAGAAUGAAUGUCAAAGGAAAAAAGAAAAAUAAACAGAUGAACAAAACACUUCAAAAUGCUGAUGUACCAAGAGACUGCAGGAAAGUAACGAGAAUAAGGGUGUUUUGAAUUUCUAUCCCUAGUACGUAAUCUGAAGGUGAUUUUGUUGUGUUCCGCCAUUGUUUUGCCCAGCCUUUAGAUUUUUUUCUUUUUUUUAGUGUGUGUGUGUGUGUGUGUGUGUGUGUGUGUGUGUGUGUGUGUGUGUGUGUGUGUGUGUGUGUGUGUGUGUGUGUGUGUGUGUGUUUUAUUCAGCACUCGAUUUUAUGAUUUAAAGAACUUGAGUGAUGCUUAUACAGAUGAUGAUAACGAUAAUAGUAAUGAUGAUGAUGAUAAUAAUAACACUUCAUAAUGUACUCGCAAAUGACCCCUUUAGCGUGUUUUUUUUUCUUUCUUUUUUUUCUUUUUUCUUUUUUUUCUCUCCAUGUUUUUCGUAUCAUACCCAACUUGUGCCAUGAGACAAAGAACGCGCGAUGAUCGGGACAAAACCAAUAACAUAACCAAUAAUACAAAUGCAUUCACUAAAUUAGAAAUUUUUUUCUGGUUAUUGGCGAGUUUUAGAACAACAGGAGUAUGUACAUCACUCUGUUGAAAUGGCGGAUGUUUAUGUUGAAUUAGAUAAACGAAUUACAGAAUAUCAACUCUACUUAUCACAUAAUAUAAUUAUGUCCAGGUCUGUUUUGUACUAAUGGGAGUAAUUAAAUUAAUUUUGGUGUGGAUGGUCCGGCAGUGGGUGUGAGAGAGUGCAGGUAGGAGGCAGUGAUGGUGUGUGUGUGUGUGUUUGUGUGUGUGUGCCGAGAGAACACUCGCCUCCCGCUGCCCACCGGCACCAGGCAGAGAUUGUGUGUCAUCUUUGAUUCUGAAGCGGAGACUAAUAUUUGCGUCAAUUGUACUCGAGGUUAUUUUGUUACUGUCACUUGUUGUUGUUGUUAUUAUUAUUAUUAUUAUUAUUAUUAUUAUUAUUAUUAUUAUUAUUAUUAUUAUUAUUAUUAUUAUUAUUAUUAUUAUUAUUGCUAUUGCUAUUAUUAUCAUUGCUAUCAUCAUGAUGUCUGGUAGGGCUGUUUUCCAUGGAGCGCACCCCGCGGCUGGGCAAACAGUGCUGCGGUUCCUGUCUCUCGUUGCACAUUCGGAACAUCAUGUCUCUGUUUUGAACAUUUGGAGAUGUAAAUAUAUAUAUUGAGGUAAAUAUGUGAUAUUUUUAUAAUAAUCCACAUAGAAAACAUUUGAUAGCUAUUAUUUUAGCAUAGCUAGCCCUGAUCACAAUGUUUAUACAUAGCACUGUAAAUACAUCACGAAAAUACAAUUAAAAAUUCU